AUGGGCGAUAAUCAAGAUCAGCCUUUCACUUCGGAAAGCGAAGGUUCCACCAGGCUGCCUACAAUAAAGCCUGGGAUCAAUACACAAACACCGACACCGCCAUGGAAACUACGCGUCGCGCAGAAGCGUGCAGAACAAUACGCCAAGAUUCCCGUUGGAUGGCGUAUCGACCAAACUGUUCCCCCUCCCAAAGACACGGACACCUUUCUUCGUUCAUCUGGAGUCUUGAGCGCGGAAGAGCUUGCUUGUACGGAAGUUGAAGACAUCCAAGUCUUACUUGAGCAGAUUGCGACUCGAAAGUUGAGCGCAGUCCAAGUCCUCAAAGCGUUCGCGAAGCGAGCAGCCAUAGCCCAGCAGCUAGUGAAAUGCUGCACAGAGCUCAUAUUUGAAGAGGCUCUCAAACGAGCCAAGGCUCUAGAUGUCCAUCUAGAGUGGACAGGCUCCGUAGUUGGGCCGUUGCAUGGACUCCCGGUAUCCCUUAAGGACAUAUUCGACGUCAAAGGGUUUGACUCUACCAUCGGCUGGGUUAACCUCAUUGGGAAGCCGUCGAAAGAAAACAGCGUCUUCUCAGGUGGCGAAGCGGCACUCGUAGGCUGUCAUGGUAGUUUGGUCGGGAUCGGAACAGACACCGGUGGUUCCAUACGUAUCCCAGCAGCUCUGCAGGGACUUUACGGGCUCAAACCGACUGUUGGACGACUACCAUUCGAGGAGUCGAGCAAAUGGAAAUUUAUCGCACCGCCAGUGGCUGGUCUCCUAGCAUUCAGCCUCUCGACAAUCGAGACCUUCAUGGAUGGCAUCUUGUCUUGUGAGCCGUGGCGAAGUGAUCCGACGUUGCUGCCCAUCCCGUGGGGCAAGGAGCUCGCGGCCAAGCCCGACAAGCCUCUCAAGAUCGGAUAUUACAUCAAUGACAACGUCGUCCGUAUACAGCCGCCUAUUGAACGUGCGGUACGGGCUGUCGUUGAUAGCCUCACGGCUGCAGGGCACACUUUGAUCGAAUGGGACCCCACCUCGCUUGCUGAAGCUUACAAGGAUUGUACAACUGCCACAUUCGCUGAUGGCGGUGAGUCUCACAGGAUGCUGAGUGAGGCCAGCGGAGAGCCGUUAGCCAAAGGGCUUCUCGUUGGAACUGAAGAAGACAAACUCUCAGUUGCAAAGUCUCGCCAUCUGGCUGCCAAAAAGCUCAAGUAUGAGCAAGAAUACCUCAAGCGCUGGAACGAGGCAGGUGUUGACGCCCUCAUCACGCCGGUGGCACCCUGGGUCGGGAUGAGACCCAGAGUGUGGGCCAGGUCAAAGCCUCACGUCGAAUACACCUCGCACUGGAAUUGGCUUGAUUAUGCAGCCUUGACGAUCCCCGUAAUGCGAGCUGAAAGCGAUGGUGCCUCGAGCCAGCAGUGGACUGAUCAUGUCCCAUGUAACAAGAGCGAUGAGAUAAACUACCAGCUGUAUGAUUUUGAGCAGAUGCGCGGCAUGCCGGUUGGUGUGCAGAUUAUUGGAGGAAACCGCUGCGUGCUGGCGAAAGAGAACACGAUGACCAGUUCGCCGGCAUCGCCGCGACGGCGACAUAUCCUUUCGUCUGUCAAUCCCGGCGACAGUCACGAGAACACACCAGAGCCAACCAAGCGCAAAUCGCCGCCCGCUCCAACAGACGCAGGAGCAGAAGCGCAAGCGCAAGCAGAACCAGGCGACGGCGAAAACCUGCGACCUAGAUCAUCCCGCUUUCGGUUAAAAUCCAAAUAUUCAAAGUCGAGCCGAUCGCAUCGUCACCGCGACCGUGAACGUGGCCAUGAUCCAGACGCCGCCGACAAUGAUGAAUCCCGCUCAGAACACCGCCACAGUCGCCGCCACCACCACCACCACAGCAGCAGCCGGCGACAUCGCAGACGUUCACGGUCCCCGACGCCACCGAACCCCUACGAACCCCAGGCCCUCGACCCAGACGCCGCAUUCCGCGAAUCCCUAUUCGACGCGAUGGCCGACGACGAGGGCGCGGCAUACUGGCAGGGCGUCUACGGGCAGCCGAUACACGUCUACUCGAACGAGAGGCCAGGCCCAGAAGGCGAGCUCGAGCGGAUGACGGACGAAGAAUACUCCCAGCACGUCAGGCAGAAGAUGUGGGAGAAGACACACCAGGGCUUACUAGAAGAGAGGGCCCGUCGGGAAGAAGCACGGAAACGCAAAAAGGAAGAGGAAAAGGUGAAUAGGAAGCUUCAAGAAGACAUGGAGCGGAGCCUGCGUCGCGGGGAGGAGCGGCGCAAGAAGAGAGCAUGGGUCCAGCUGUGGGAAGAGUACACACGAGGCUGGACGGAGUGGGCCAACAACGUGGACAAGAUUCCCUGGCCCGUAGAAAGCGGUCGACGUAGAGACAUUAACGAAAAGGAAGUCCGGCGGUUCAUCGUCAACGGGCUCGGGCUGGAGGAUAUUGGCGAGAAGGAGUUCGCUGCGAAGCUGCGCGAGGAGCGCGUGCGGUGGCAUCCCGACAAGAUGCAGCAGAAGCUUGGCGGACAGGUGGACGACGAGGUUAUGAAGGACAUUACGGCGAUUUUCCAAAUCAUUGAUAAGUUAUGGGCAGAUACCCGGUCGAAGGCGUAA